AUGAGAGGAAUUUUGGGCUUUGUGUUGGUGGCUCAGCUUCUUAGUGUUCUUCUAUUUGCUAUAGGAUUCUUUCCUCAGAAAAAUGUGAUGAAUGGUAAUGCAACCUUUUCUAUCAACAAAAAAUUGCAAGAAGAAACGAAACAGCCGUUUAAAAAAUUGGUACUAAUAGUGAUUGACGCCCUAAGAAGCGAUUUUUUAUUCGAUGAAUCGUCUUCUAACUUUCAUUUCGUCCAUUCAAAGCUAAAUUCAGGUGAAGCUUGGGGUUAUACGGCGUAUUCUAAUCCACCAACAGUUACGUUACCAAGACUAAAAGGCAUAACUACUGGUUCCACUCCAAAUUUCCUAGAUGCUCUCCUGAAUGUUGCUGAAGAUGAUUCCUCUUCAAACGUAAAGGAUCAGGACUCCUGGCUCAAACAAUUCCACUCAAAAGGCUAUAGAAUGAGGUUUUUUGGUGAUGAUACUUGGUUGAAGCUAUUCCCACUAGAAUUUUUCAAUGAUUAUGAAGGGACCAAUUCUUUUUUUGUGAGUGACUUCGAACAAGUCGAUCUUAAUGUGACGAGGCAUAUCCCCAGACAGCUUGAGAAAACUGAAGACUGGGAUGUGCUAAUUUUACACUAUUUGGGUCUCGAUCACAUAGGCCAUAAAGGUGGUGCGAAUUCUAAAUUUAUGCCAGCAAAGCACCGUGAAAUGGACCAAAUAGUUGGUAAGCUUUAUGAUAAUCUAGAUGAAGAUACCCUACUAAUUGUUAUGGGCGAUCAUGGAAUGAAUGAUGCAGGAAACCAUGGUGGUUCUUCAGCUGGUGAAACUUCAGCUGGUUUAGUAUUUUUUUCAAAAAAAUUAAGCAAAUUCAAAAUCCCUAUACGACAACUCAACGCCAGACUACCCAUAACAUCAAAUAGUUCUGAUUAUCAGUAUUUGACACAAGUACAACAAAUGGAUUUAGUACCUACGUUGGCUGCCUUAUAUAACGUGCCUAUUCCAAAAAAUAGUGUUGGGGUAAUUAUUCCAGAUUUUUUGCAACUAUUAGAUCCAAAUAUCAUAGAUACUAAGCUUUUAGAAAACUACAAGCAGUUGCUUGAAUUGUCUAAAGUUGAAUAUGACGAUGAACUUUUCAAUUUGAAUGUUUUUGAUUUGGAAAAAAGAAGCGAGUGUCAGAGAAUAAUGAAAACUCUUCAAGAAAAACUGAUUGCAGCAACUACUGAAUACGACUACACCAUGCUUGCAAUUGGUUGUUUUAUGUCACUCGUCCUGACAUUAGUUAUGGCCAUUUUUUCCUUCUUUCAAAUGGCCUCAAAUAAAUAUUUUUUUGCAUCCGUCUUACUUGCCUCAAUACUUGGGUUUUCAUGUUUUGGCAGCAGUUUCGUUGAAGAGGAGCAUCAGAUUUGGUGGUGGGUAAUUACCGGCUGCCUUUUUAUUAGUGCUGCUAAAACCAUGCAUUAUUUUGAACACUCUGUUAUACUCCUCUGCUUGAGAUUGAUCAGAGGUUGGAAUAAUACUGGCCAAAAGACAGUAUAUCCUUAUGUCAUUUCAAAAAUUCUAGAAGAAAAUAGUACACUUCAAUGGAACUUGAACGCCCUUACUUUUUUCGUUAUCUCAUUAAAUGGUAACCAAAAUUCUAUGUGGGGGUUCAUAUCAUCUUCCACACUAGGAAUUUUGUGUUUAGCGUAUAAAGCUACCUGGGCAGUUGUAAACAAGGAGAUAGUUCCAUGGUACAUCCAAAAUAUUAUGGAUAACUGUGCCUCAUUCUUCCAAGAUGGCAACAAGAAAGAUUAUUCUUCGACUUUAAUUCCUAUGGCAAGUUUCUUCCUUCAUAGUGUAGCCGCAAUAAUUUUUUUCACUUUAUUGUGGGGAAAGUUCAAUAAACAUCAUCCAUCAUUUUCAUUGAAGUGUAUCUCGAAAUAUGUUACAAUAUUAAUGAUGUUUCUUUCCUCAUCGGUAAAUAUACCGCAAUUCUUAAUAUUUGAGAUAAUGAGAUCCUUUAUCAGUAAAAUUUUGAAAAAACACUAUAAUUCGAAUAUCUAUCUAACAAGUUUAAUUUCCUUGUGCUUACAAAAUUUUGCCUUUUUCCAAUUUGGUGGUACUAACUCAAUUGCAACAAUUGACAUAUCUAAUGCAUAUCAUGGGAUAUCAGAAAACUACAAUAUUUACGUAAUUGGUGUUUUGAUGGUGCUAUCUAACUUUGCUCCAUCCAUAUACUGGGCUAUGUUCUCGUGGGACAUUAUUUAUGACAUUAAAGAAACCAAUUUUAAUAAAUGGGCCAGUUUUACCAAGAGUAAAAUUCCAACGAGCUUAUUCAACUGUAUCGUUGGAUUGUGCUUGAUGCUAGCUUGUGUCAUGUUCAGGUACCAUCUGUUCGUCUGGAGUGUGUUCAGUCCGAAGCUCUGCUAUUUUGUUGGAUGGAAUCUUUUCAUGAAUGCAAUAUUUGGAUGGGUACUCGAAGUUUUACUACUUUCCAUAACUAAUUAA